AUGGCCCCAUACCUGCAAGAAUCCACAGAGCUUGUAUUCCCUGACUACGAAGCUGGGAUCUCGUGGUUUCCAGCUGCUGCCGACAAAGAGACCCGCCAGAGAACUUUGGUGAAUGCUUCGCACAUUGACGAUCUACAUCGUCUGCUCGCAGCGACUGACGUGCAGAUCGUGGUUCCACAAGAUGCAGCGUACGCGAAUGCGAUACACUGCUGGUCACAGACAGCAGAGAAGCCGGCCGGCGUCGUGGUCUAUCCCACUCAAGCACACGAGGUCUCCGCUACUCUACAGUACGCCAUCGGAGCGGGUCUUGACAUUGCCAUCAAAUGCGGUGGGCACUCCACAAAUGGCGCGAGCAGCACUGACGGUGGUGUGUUGAUCAACCUGGCAAAGAUGAAGAAGAUUGUGGUGGACCCAGAACGUAUGCUUGUUCACGUUGGAGGUGGCUGCCUCUGGGGAGAGGUCGAUAAGGCAGCUUGGCAGCACGGCUUAGCGGUGGUGGGCGGCAGUAACGGAACCACCGGCGUAGGCGGUCUGACCUUAGGCGGCGGGUAUGGUAUGCUCACAGGCGAGCACGGUCUGGCCAUCGAUAACUUGGUCAGUGCGGAGAUUGUCCUCGCAAAUGGAAAAGUGGUCAGAGCUAGUGAGUGUCACAAUAGUGACCUGUUUUGGGCAUUGAGGGGGGCUGGCCACAACUUUGGCAUCAUCACCGAGUUGACCCUCCGCGCUCACACUCAAGGCGAUAUCUUCAUGGGCGCUUUGGUGUUCCCACCGGUCCCGCAGGUCGUCAGUAAACUCGUGAAGCUUGUCAAUGAUCUCUAUACCGUUACGGACACCCCAGCAGGACCAUCAAGUAAGAGCGCCGGCAAGACCAUGGGCCUCCUUGGUAUCACCCAUCAGCAUGGUCGUACCGGAAUCCUCCUUGUGGUUACAUACAACGGUCCAGAGCAAGAAGCUCGCGAGAUCUACAAACCAUUCUUCGAGUUAGGUCCCGUCUUCGAGAACACCCGCAUGGCGGCUUAUCCGGAGGUGAAUUCACAGGUUCCUGCAGCACACGGCAUUCGGAGUUCGAUGAAAGGCGCUGCUUUCACCUUGCCAAUCCGCGACACCUUCUUCCUCGACAUUGUCAGAAGGUAUCAGGAAUUCAUGCAGCGAUGUCCGGAAGCCAGUGGUUCUCUGGUUGGUUGGGAGUUGAUGGAUCCUACGAAAGUAUGCGCCUCCGACAAUGGCAGCUUCGCAACUCGUGGCUUUCACCUCAACAGUGUCAUCAUGCCAAUGUGGAGAUCUGCAAACCUCGACGAUACCUGCCGUAACUGGGCUCGCCAGAUUGGCUCACGCUUCCAAGACGAACUCGACUGCAGCAUGGGAAAGGGAGUCCGUUCUGAUAGGGGCGCUGUCCUCUUAUAUGGAAACUACGACCAAUACGAUGAGACUGCGGAGGAUAUCUUUGGGGCGAACUAUCCCAGACUUCAGCAAUUGAAGGCAAAAUACGACCCAAGCAACAUUUUCAACAAAUUAUACCCAAUUGAGCCAAAGUGUUAG